UUUUUUUCUCCAUGGGAAAGUUUAAUCCUAAAGCUCUAUAUCGUGUGUGCAAUCGUUACGGAAGGGUGUCAUUUAUUAUAGUUAUAUAACGAUCGCAUAACUCUUAUAACGGUUAUUUUGUGUCAAUGGCAAGUAAGAAGUUACGGAGGACGGGCGUCUCAGCUGAUCUCUGCGAGCGACUCAAGCGCCAUCAACUGGAGACCUGCCAGGAUGUCCUGUCCAUCACACCCGUGGAGCUCAUGCGCCUGGCUGGACUCAGUUAUCCCGCGGCUGUGGAGCUCCUGCGGCUGCUCAGUAAAGCCUGUGUACCGGCUGUGAGCACCGCAUGGGAUUUGUGGAGGAAGAAGGGAGAGCUGUGUUUCUCCACAUCACUUCCUGCCCUGGACAGAUUACUGCGUGGAGGACUGCCACGGGGUGCUCUCACUGAGGUGACUGGCCCAUCAGGCUGUGGAAAGACUCAGUUGUGUAUAAUGCUCAGCAUUUUGGCCACACUGCCGAGGAGUAUGGGAGGUCUGGACAGUGGAGUCAUCUACAUCGACACAGAGUCGGCAUUCUCUGCUGAAAGAUUGGUAGAAAUGGCACAGGACAGAUUCCCAGAAUUCUUCUCGGUGAAGGAGCGUCUGCUGGAGAUGGCGUCUCGUGUUCAUCUCUUCAGGGAACUGACCUGUCAGGACGUCCUGAAUAGGCUGGAGCGUCUGGAAGAAGACAUAAUUGCGUGUCGAGCGGGGCUCCUUGUUUUGGAUUCUGUGGCUUCUGUUGUGAGGAAGGAGUUUGACACGUCGCUGCCGGGAAAUCUAACGAUCAGGAGUAACUUACUGGGCCAGGAAGCCGCCAUACUGAAGUACCUCUCGCAGGCGUUCUGCAUCCCAGUGGUUUUAACUAACCAGAUCACCACACAUGUGGGCGAGAAGGUUCACUGUCCUCAGUGGAAUCAGGCAGAUGUAUCUACGGAGGAGGACUCGGGUUUUGUGACAGCGGCGCUGGGAAACACAUGGAGUCACAGUGUAAACACGCGCCUCAUCGUCCAGUACGAGGACACAGAACGGAGACAGAUUGUCAUAGCCAAAUCACCCGUGGCCCCUUUUGCCGUGCUGAGCUACACCGUUCAGAAGGAGGGCAUCCGUCUUGAGGGGAAUGAAAACCCAGAAAGUGUUUUAAACCAAGGAACAGAUCCAGGGCUUCAGCCAAUCAGAGUGAGGACGGGGUUCAUCUACAACCUUUCCCAGGCCACACCUUCUACUCAUCAAGAACUUCCUUUGGCCGCAGAACGCAGUGGCAGUAAUUGCCUUAUUUAAAGGUACAAGCCAUGGUUAAACAUUGCAGGAACAUGUGGUGGACAGAUACAAAGCAGACGGAUUGGACUUCGUAGAACAUUACCUCAGUUUUCAUCCAGUUAGAAAACUGCAACAUCAGUCAGCUAUUGAUUGACAGACGUAUUUUUCCUCUCGCUGGUCGUGUGAUAAGACAGCAGUCUUGGACAAAUGCUUCUUGACCCUGACUGGCCGUUGCCAUGGCUUCUAUUCCCAUGACUCCUGUUCCCAUGGUUCCUCUGCCUUAAAGGGAAGUUUGUCUGAUUAGAUGAACAAUGGUGUUAUUUUGGGUGGUUCCUCAUUUUUCGCCUUGUUUUGCUUUUGGUUGUAUAUGUGCAGAUACGCAUUGACACAUUCUUUAUAUUUAUUUUUAUGACCUGUUCCUUCCUAGUACAGCUUUUAUAGAGUUCUAACAUUAAUAAAUGCAAACUCAAGGUCUUCCAAACUGUAAUUAUUUUGAAUUCAUUAGCAGAUUCUGCUGACAGUGCAGACGACGGUGACAUCUUUAGCUCUUGGCCAGCAGAUGAAGUCAUUUGUGACAGCCAAACACGCAAUGCUGAGUAGGUGUUCUUUCUGUCUAUCUUUCUCUUUCAUCCUCUUUCUGUAUAUCUCUCCUCCCUUCCCCCCAUAAGCGGGAUGUUUUGACAGAUCUUUUAAUGGUCGACCUGUGGCGAUAUCGCUGCCUGUGCCUGUACCGAAGGGAGGAAAACUCUCCUUCCUCCCCUGCAAAACAGAAGGCUCUGGAGAAAAAAAAUGUUCAUGUAAAAAUCAGAGCAGAGUCAUGAGAUCCUGACGUGGGUGCAAAGUCCACAGCGAUCUGUGCUCAUCCUUCACAUCAGGCUUCAUCACAAUACAAACCAGCCGCACAAAAAGAUCAUGCACACAUCUGCUUGGGGCUUGAUUUGAAUAUCUGUAGAUUUCAAUUAGCCUUGAUUUUUUUUUUCUUUCUUUUUAGCAGUGUUUGUUUGUUGAAUUGCUAAAAUUGGAUGCUAACCUCAAGUCAAUUCUGUUCAGAACCUUUUGUUUUGUUCUGCUUUCUGAGGCUUAUUUAGUUAUUGCACUGGCUUGAGGUUAAACCAACAACCACACGUUCCCUAAACUUGAAACUCCCCGAAAUGUCCCUUUUAGUGCAAAUCAUUUCAAUCUUCUAAUCCUGUGAACUCAAGCGCAGAGCUCUUUUUUUGUUUAUUCAUUGCCCUUUCUAACACACAGAGGAACAAAAAGAGCUGAUAGAGGAAUUACAAAGUCUAUGCGAGUAUUGCUCAACUGCGACUUUGGCCUUAUUCCUCAUGUCUGUUCUUAAAGGCCCAGUGACCCACAGCCCUGGUGCGAAUGGACACGAACUGUCAAGUGUGUGUUCUUGACAGAAUAACUAACAAUUACAGCAAUUUUUCGUAAAAUGACCAACACAAAUACUGGAUUGCUGUUAUGCUUUGCUACGUAAUGUUUCAAAGGGUUGCCUCACCGAAACAUUUGUAUUAUGUCAUUGUUAACUUCCUCAUGAAAAAGAGACCCAAUGACAAUUAUAUAAAAAUAAAUUAUAUCUUUUUUAUAACUAGUCUUCAGUAAGCAAAAUGAACAAUGUCAAAUUUUGAUGAUUUUAUUUUCCUUUCCCCUAUUUUUUUAUUUUUGUCAUUUACUUUGUUCUUACAGUAAAAACUGUAAUUUUGUAAGACAUUAUUAAAAUUUUAAAUACCAAUUUAUUUUAAAAUGUAAUUUAUUCCUGUGAUGCGAAGCAUUAUUACUCCAGUCUUCAGUGUCACAUGAUACAUCAGAAGUCAUUCUAAUAUGCUGAUUUGCUGCUAAUAAAGCAUGUCUUAUGAUCAAUGUUGAAAACAGAUGCUUCUUAAUUGUUGAAACUGUGAUUCACUUUGAUGAUUGGAAAGUUAAAAAACAGCAUUUAUUUGAAAUGUAUAUAAUUUUGUAACAAUCUAAAGGUCUUUACUGUUACUUUACAAUCCAUUUAAUAGUAUUAAUUAAUUUUUUAAAAAUCUUUCUGACCACAAACUUUUAAACUGUAAUGCAAUGUAAUGUAAUAUAAAAUUUGGUUAGUAAAUGGCAAAUGGAUUUUCCAUAUUGGGUGAACUAUUUCUUUAAAGACCAAAGGCUAAAGCAGUGAAACUGCUGAACUUUGUACUACUCAGAUGGCCAUCUGGCUCCUAUCUGCUAUGAUUGUAUUCAUGAUCACAGCUUUCCUCAGGAAUUCUCUCUUCAAGGGAAAUUAAACUAAAACCAAGCAAAGACUGACAGUGCUCGCAGAGCACAGAUGCUUGUUCGGUGACGUAGGGAGCAAACAUGUACUGUAGAAUGCUAGUCCCAGCACAAGACCCCUCCUGACUGUUACUACAGUAACAAACUGUCUGUUCUCAAGGGGCCUGUGCUUUCUAUCUAGUAGUCCCGUCAUUGCCAGUACUUUUGAAUGAGAUUCAAAAAGCCAUA